AACAGGAUUUCUUUCUUGCUUGUGCUUAUACAACGGAAAGCUUCAAUAUUCAUUUAUGAGCCUUGAAAGGUUUUACAUUAUGUCUAAUGAUAUCUUAACCGGGAAAGUAGAAAUCGAGACACGUGAGUUCGCGGAGAACGGUGGCGGCAGCGAAGAGGAGGUCAAUGAGAGACGGAGAAAGGAGAGAGCCCUCGUCCGUCGACUAGACUGUUGCAUAGUGCCUGUCCUGAUGGUCCUCAACCUUAUUAGCUAUCUAGAUCGAGGAAACAUAGGGUUUGCCGCAACUCAAGGCAUGACGCGAGAUAUUCAGCUUAAGGGAAAUCAGUUAAACACCGCGGUAUCUGUCUUCUAUAUCUUCUACAUCCUCGCCGAGUUUCCCACUUCCAUCUUUGUUAAGCGCCUUCGAUUUGAUCGGGUCAUUCCGACUAUUACCCUUUGCUGGGGUCUUAUAUGCUUAUUUACAGGCUUCGUUCAGUCAUUUGGCUCACUUGUUGCUACACGUAUUUUACUCGGCUUCUUUGAAGGCUGCCUGUUCCCGUCUAUUACACUAUGCUUGUGUAACUGGUACAAACGUGAGGAGCUAGGCUUGCGUAUAGCCCUACUGUUUAUUGCAUCGGCCCUAGCAGGGGCCUUUGGAGGACUUCUUGCAUGGGCUGUGUUUCAUCUUGACGGAGUUUCUAACAUGGCUGGAUGGCGAUGGCUUUAUAUCCUCGAAGGUCUAAUUACAGUGGUGUGGGCUGGUCUAUGCAUCGUACUUUUACCUCGAAACUAUGAGACUGCGUAUUUCCUAGAUGAUGAGCAGAAGGCUCUCAUGAAGAAGCGUGCCGAAGAGAUGGGAUCCUACGGUGGCGGCACAGGUCACUAUACCAAGGCAGAUAUCAAAGAGGCUGCGAAAGAUGUGAAGAGCUGGGUACACGCCCUAAUCCAGAUUGCCAUCGUGACCGUGCUCUAUGGAUUUAGCACGUUUUUGCCUAUCAUUAUCAAGGACGGUUUUCAGUUCUCAACUAUACAAGCGCAAUAUCUUGUUAUCCCGGUGAAUAUAUGGGGAUCAAUUGUCUACGCCAUCGGAGCCAUUCUAUCUGACAGAUACAGUGCUCGCUUCUUGCCGUUAGUUGUAUGCGCUCCAUUCGGUAUUGCUGGUUACGCAAUCCUACUCUGCGAUGUGCCGUCAGUGAUCCGGUACUUUGCUACCUAUCUCAUCGCCAUCCCCUGUUUCUUAUGUACUGGUGGCAAUAUCACCUGGCUGUCUGUCAACUGCGCCCCUGAUGGAAAACGCGCAGCUAGUUUGGGCAUUCAACUGACAUUAACAAACAUUGGAGGCGUUAUAGCAGGUCAGAUAUACCAGUCCGGCGCAGGACCUUCUUUUACACUAGGUCAUGCAUGGUCUCUAGGCUCAUUAAGCAUUGCCUUCAUCGGUUGGUGGAUUAUGUGGACGAUAUACACAAGGCGCCAGGCGUCUAAAGACAAGAUUCUGAAUGAAGGGGCUGUAUACGCCGAUGCAUCAUUUACUGACAGAUCUCCUAACUUUAAAUAUCAGAUAUAGAUAGAAAUCUCAUUAUAUGACCUGCUCAUACAAAGCCUCAGCAUGAGUCUGUAAGAUCCUGCAAUCGUUUUCAAUUAGAAGCUCCAGUCAGCUCCUCUAUGAUGGGUGCUGCCACAUGGGCUGUGUGCAAACUCAAUAGCGUCGCGAUCUCAAGCACUUCUAGUAUU